CUUCGGGCUCGGGGGAGGCUCGGCGGACCUGCUGACUAGGAACGGAUAUGGCGGCCACUCUGGGCAGCGGGGAGCGCUGGACACAAGCGUACAUUGACGCAGUUAGAAGAAACAAGUACCCCGAAGACAGAGCUCCUGAGUCUCACGAUCCCUGUGGGUGCUCUAACUGCAUGAAGGCGCAGAAGGAAAAGCAGUCUGAGAAUGAGCGGAAUCAGACCCGCCAGGGUGAGGGGACCUCCACUUACACUGAGGAGCAGCUGCUUGGCGUACAAAGGAUCAAAAAAUGCAGAAAUUACUACGAAAUUCUGGGAGUUCCUCGAAAUGCCAGUGAUGAAGAGCUUAAGAAAGCUUACCGAAAACUUGCACUGAAAUUUCACCCUGACAAGAACUGUGCUCCCGGGGCAACAGAUGCCUUCAAAGCCAUAGGAAAUGCCUUUGCAGUCCUGAGCAAUCCUGACAAGAGACUUCGCUAUGAUGAAUACGGAGAUGAGCAGGUGACCUUCACAGCCCCUCGAGCCAGAUCUUAUAAUUAUUACAGGGACUUUGAAGCUGAUAUCACUCCGGAAGAGCUGUUCAACAUCUUCUUUGGAGGACAUUUCCCUACAGGAAAUAUUCAUAUGUUUUCAAAUGUGACAGAUGACACUCACUAUUAUCGCAGGCGGCACCGACGUGAAAGGACACAGACACAGAAGGAAGAAGAAGAAGAAAAACCUCAGACUACAUAUUCUGCUUUUAUUCAGUUACUUCCUGUCCUUGUGAUUGUGAUCAUAUCUGUUGUUACUCAGCUGCUGGCUGCGAACCCCCCAUACAGUCUAUUCUAUAAGUCAGGCGAUUGCGAUAAUGAUUUCUGCGAGGCCGUACUAAAGGUGACACUGCCAAACAUCACAAGCUCCCCUGAGUCUCCUGCUCCCUGUUUCAGGAACCUGGGCCACACUAUUUCUAGAGAGACCCAGAACCUGCAUGUGCCUUACUUUGUGGAUAAAAACUUCGACAAGGCCUACAGAGGAGCUUCUCUGCGCGACCUGGAGAAGGCGAUAGAGAAAGAUUACAUUGAUUACAUCCAGACGAGCUGCUGGAAGGAGAAACAACAAACUUGGUGCAGUGGUCUGCAUGGAGACAGCAGGGAGAGUCACCAGUCCUUAAUGUUUUUUGGAAGAUGCUUCCAGGGAGUGAGGCAUUUAGAAAAGAGUCGGAGCUGACGAACUUGGCGGGAUUAUACAGAGAUGAACGACUGAAACAGAAAGCAGAGUCGCUGAAACUUGAAAACUGUGAAAAACUUUCCAAACUUAUCGGCCUACGCAGAGGAGGCUGAGAAGAUGAUGCGCUUACGCAGGGCUGGGGUUUUGUUACUUGUUACCAUUUAUGUUCCUAAUCCCAUUUUAUAAUACAAAAUUAGGAAAUGGUGAACAGUUUACUAUUAGCUAACUUUGUUGGGCAGAGUUGCAGGAGCUUCAGCCUAGAGCCAGAUGUGUCACCACAGAACCCUUCCUGGCAUUGGCUCCGGGCCCAAGGAAUGGUUUGGCCAGGUUAAACCAAUGGCCAAGCAUUCGAUUCAGUCCCCCUGCUCUGUGAGUGCAGCUCAGGGCUUCCCAGAGCAGAGCCAUAUGGUCUUUGUUUAAAAUAAGUUUACUGAGGUCUCAGAACCCAGGCUUUCCUAGGCUUGGCCCAAGCCACUUACUAGGAGUCACUGACAACGUCUACCAAGCAUUAUUCCUUUCCCUUCAUCAAAGUCAUUCUGUCCCCCAGUCCAGCCUUCCCAACUGCUUCCUCCUCAAGUCGGUUUUCUAAGGGGAACAUGGAGAAACUUCUACAGCCAGUAGUUUCUCCUGUCCCAACAUCUGCUCACUUAGUACCAUUAACAAACUGCGGGUUUGAGGUUCUUUUAGAUCCUCACCCUCUCUCUGGCAGAAGCUCUAGAAAUGAAAAACUAUUGAGCUGUGAAACAGUGCAAUGGACAGUGCCGCAACAGGAGGCGGGGCUGUGGGUGAGGGUGAAAGGUGAGACCGCCUCUCAGUUCCUCAGUGCAGGUUGCCCAGGCCAUGGUAGAAUGUUCUGUUUUGUCAUUCCCUUUGAUCUCAUCAUGUGGUGUCGUCACCCUUGAGCUGCACCUCUACACCCCCCCAGAGGUAACAGUGUUGUUACCAGCCAGCCAGGCUGCUUGCUGAAGCCUAGCGAGAGGCAGACACACAGAGGCAUCUGCGGCUGUGGGGUCCACCAUGACCCAGCAAUCAUCUUGUGCUCUUUAGUUCAUAACUGGAGUUGCUGUUUGUUCAUUUAGUAUUUACAGCUCUGUGAGGUUGAUGCGUUAUCUCCGUGUUCAUGAACGAGAACAUGGGCCCAGAAAGGAAGAAUGGCUGACCUGUGUAGUGGCAGAACUGGAUUGUAGUCUGGUUACUAGAUGGAGACUGUGUAAGAUCGUCCUCCUUUCCCAGGUGAUUCUAGCGGACUGGCCAAGCAGCAUCUCCCAGGGAUGCCUCUGUCCCCUGGCCUGCUCCGCACCCUUGCUGUGGCAGCCCUCUGUCCCUCAGGAAAAUGUCCCUGCUGGCCUUUAGGAAGCAGCACUCUGUACACAAGAGCAGCGCUUCCUCGGGGACAGGCAGCUCUUCCCACUGCUGAGCCGUGUGACUCCGGCCUCCCUGCAGGUCUGGGCUGCCCACAGCGUGCUGCAUCUCUGAACACGGAAGGAUCAGGAAUGGCCAUGGUUGACACUCCAUGUUGUCGUCAGGUUGGGAGACAAGUUCCUGCUGGAGGAAGAGUCUACAUGAAAAUUGACUCCCAAAGGAGAGUUCCUCCUUUUGGAUGCAUAGCUGUGGUUUAGACCACAGCGUCUAGCUUCAUUCAACACGUGGGUAUUGCACAGGGGCCGCCUGGCUUCACAGGGCCUCCCUGACACUCUCUCUAGGUGACAGGGAAUUUGCACUUUAAAAUGUGUCCAUGGGUCACACAGGCUCAUGGAAGGUUGUUUCCUACACAACAGAAGUCAAAACUGUCCUCUAACCAGCCCCAGCCUCUGCUACAGGAUGGGCCGUCAUCAAACUGGACAGGUUGGGAGAUCCUACUCUAGAUGCCCAUGAAUGGGGAAGUCACACCUUUUUGCAUUCCUGGCAGCGAUGUGUUGUAAUUAGGUGUGACAACACUAAACAGAGGUGAUACUAAUUCCAUUCAAUGUCAUAGAGUUGUCUGUUUUUAUGGCACUAAUGGUACUGUUAUCUAUCACCCACAGUUUUUCUCAAGUGAACUGUAUUUGCUUUUGGUUAAAGGGUAGUUUAAUCUAUUUGGUACUAUCCAGAACAUUGCUUCACGUCCUUGGUUUUGUUUUAGAUGCACUGUCCACAUGGUGGUAAAAUCAACUUUUGCCUCCUACUUCCAUCCUUUGAAAGGUGUCCUGCAGUAGAUAACUUCUUUAGGGAAGGCUUAUUCUUGCGGUUGGAACUUGGCCAUAGCUGUAGACUGUUCCUUUGAGCAUGACUGCAGAUCGGAGUUGUGUGAUGGGAGCAGGCUAAGAAAUAGGGCCUGAAGCCCGAGCAGAAACCGAAGUUGCUCUCCGCACCACAUGAGCAAGCGCACAGAGAGGAGGAUGGAGUCCCUCUCCUCAUGGAGAACUCUGCGGUGUGAGGCAACCCGGGUCCCAGGACAGCAACUCUGCAGUGCCUCUGCUGAAGCCUGGAGGUGUCCGGGCUUUCUUGAUCAGCUCCCGACCUCACGACUUGGGAGAAGUGACCAGUAAGAAAGUGUCAUUGCCAUGCUUCCUGUUGGAGACUUAAGAAUUACGGCAAACUCCCAACGCACUGGAACAUGGGAGGCAGCAGCCUGGCCACACUAUGUGCUACCCUCGUUUUCCUCCCCACACUCAGGACUGGCUUUGUGAGGAGGCACACUGCUGGGAUUCCAGCAGGUUUCUGUUACACCCGACCACGUGUGCAAGUUUCUUUUCUCUGCAUGCACUUCUCACAGGGGAUAGCACUUAAUUUCUAUUUAUUUUGGACUCAUUUAAGGUAUAAGCUUAGGAUCCUAAUAUAUUUAUUUUUGGAAAGGGUCAAGUUACUGUACGUCUUAUUUUUUUGAGCCUGCAUUGUUGACUCCUUGUGCAGUGACCACCAAGGAACUAUAUACCCACAUGCUAGAUGUGGGUCCCAUUAUUUACAUUGCAUCAGUAUUGAAAAUUAAAGAUGUGAAUGUUCUGUGACCAGAGUCAGGGAUGACACUGAUGGUGGCAUAAGAAUCCCAAAAACUCUGGUCCCCUGACCCAUUGCAUUCUGGAUUGAGUGUAUUUUAGCAAAGAAAAACAUUAAAUGAUUUUAUAGAAAAAGAA